UAACCUUUGCUAUCAUUAUCAAGUUUAUUGGGUGAAAAGGCAUCGUUAUAGAUAUAGUUCAAUACAUCUAUGGUAUAGAUUUUCGAACAAAAUCGAAUUUCCGUCUAGUAGGCUGGAUUCAUUCAACAGCAUCUUUGGAUGGCCAGGAAGAGCGUCAGCAAAAAUGUCAAAUGUUGAUGAAAAAGUAAAAAAAAAACGAAAAGUCUUUGGAGAUGACGAGACCCUACAUCUACUAGAAAUAUGGGCAUCCGAUAAGAUACAGAAACAAUUUUAUUCCACCACCAGGCACAAUCUUAUCUAUGAAUCUAUAGCUAGGCAACUCAAAGAACUCGGCUUCAUUAGUAUGUACAUACGUACGUACGUACAUACAUGUGAAGAGGUCAAAAGUAAGAUCCGAAAUCUGAAGACCGAGUACAGGAGUGAAAAGCCUAAAUCAGGAAGUUCCACGCCAGAUUGGAAACACUUCUCCAUUAUUCACAAAGUAUUAGGCCAGAGAGAUGCAGCAAAUGAUGAUUUGAUGGACGAAAGUCUUGCAGAUUUAGAAGAACAUUUCGAUGACGCCAAUUUGUCAUCGCAACUGGGUAGUUCUGAAGACGUAGAAGCGACUGAAGAAUCACCUAGUCAGUCAAUCAUACAGCAAAGCCGGAGCAGCUUAUCACCUUCAGUUGCAAAAACGGCAAAUAAUUCGAGAAUUCGUAGAAUAUCCAGACCCUACGCCGAGCAAACUCAAAGGAGGAUAAAUUGAUCGAUACGCUUCUAAAAACAGAAGAAGCAUUUCAACACCGUUUAGUCAGGAUGGAAAACCUAGAAAAAGUCAAUGAACAACGCGACGAUCUUGUAGCAGCCUCGAUGGUACGUUUUUUAAAUGCAUUUGCAGAACUUGCUGAGAAAAGUGUCAACCAAGCAACCUCACCUGUUUCUCUUGGUAUACCACUAAUGAACGAACCUGAAAAACACCUAAGGAAUAAUGCAGUACAUUCUAUACCUAAAAAGAAAAAAUACUCACCCCUUGUAACAAACAAUUUUGAAGUACCACCGGUCACUGCUCUGUCAUUUGAGCAACCAUGGAUGAAACGCAGCAAAAAGUCAUCCACUAUGGUAUCUUCGGCGGCCAGGUCAGUACCAGAAUCAACAGACAUGGGUCAAUAUGUUGGGAAGGACAUCAGUGAAACCCAUGGCAUCGUUGAAUAUGUUGAUGCCAUGGACUCACCCCUAGCUGUAGCAUCAUACGUAGAUGAACAGGAAGAAUGUGAGUCUUACCUCGAAUAUUUUAACGAUACGGAUUACUUAUUACCCUCUCACCAAGCACAAACAGCUGAAGAGGAAGAGACAAGCACUGAUCCAGUUUACCAGUUUAUUCAGUCUGAAAUAAAUUCUAAAAUUCCAAAGAUAUCUGAGAAGGAUAGGAAACCACGUAUUAUAUCGUACGAACGUGUGGAGCAACCAUAUGUUAAUAUCAAUAAAUCUGAAUACUCAGAAUCAAACAUCUCUACGAAGCCAACAGGUACAUCACCUAUUCACUUUUCCCAACGCAUUAAAUCAAGCAAUAUUUUGAUAUGUAAAAAAGAGUAAAAAAUACCUACAGAUUGAACAUAUCAUAAGUCCCACACAACACCUAGUCAGUGAAAGGCAGCCUCAACAGGUGUAGGUUAACCGAACUGAAAUUCUAAUUUCUUAUAAGUUACAUUUUUAUGAAAAGAUACUAUAUUUUAUUACAGCAUAGUUUAAUAUGCCAAACAGAACUGAACUACACUAAAGUUGUGAUACCUAAAAUAAAGAAAAAGAAAGUCUGAGUUAAUAUAAGUUGAUUUUAUUAUAAAUAUAAAUACAUUGUUGAACGAAUCACAUUUUUUUAAAUACAAUACAUAUUUUAUUACAA